AGGCCCUGCCAUACUGCUAGGCGGCGAGUUGCAUUCUGGUUCCUUCGGGUCCCCGGCGUUUGGAGUCCGGUUCUCAGGCGUACACCCGGCGUUGCCACCGCUGUCAUGAACCGCGAGAGCUUCGCGGCGGGCGAGCGGCUGGUGUCGCCGGCUUACGUGCGGCAGGGCUGUGAGGCCCGCCGCUCGCAUGAGCAACUCGUACGGCUGCUUCUGGAGAAGUGCAAGUGUCCAGAGGAUGGUUGGGAUGAAAGUACACUUGAACUCUUUUUACAUGAACUUGCAAUCAUGGAUAGCAACAAUUUCCUGGGCAACUGUGGUGUGGGAGAAAGGGAGGGGAGAGUGGCAUCUUCAUUAGUUGCUCGCCGACAUUACAGGUUCAUUCAUGGAAUUGGAAGAUCGGGUGAUAUUUCUGCUGUGCAACCAAAAGCUGCAGGUUCUAGCCUUUUGAACAAAAUUACCAAUUCUUUGGUCCUGGACAUCAUAAAAUUAGCUGGUGUCCAUACGGUGGCCAACUGCUUUGUAGUUCCUAUGGCAACUGGUAUGAGUCUCACCCUGUGUUUCUUAACAUUACGACACAAGAGACCAAAGGCAAAGUAUAUUAUAUGGCCACGAAUAGACCAGAAGUCUUGCUUUAAAUCCAUGAUCACUGCAGGUUUUGAGCCUGUGGUGAUAGAGAACAUUUUAGAAGGCGAUGAGCUGCGCACAGACCUGAAAGCAGUGGAGGAUAAAGUCCUGGAACUGGGGCCUGAGUGCAUUCUGUGUAUUCAUUCUACUACAUCCUGUUUUGCUCCAAGGGUGCCUGAUAGAUUAGAAGAACUGGCUGUGAUUUGUGCUAAUUAUGGCAUCCCACAUAUAGUUAACAAUGCAUAUGGAGUGCAGUCUUCCAAGUGUAUGCACCUAAUUCAGCAGGGGGCUCAGGUUGGUAGAAUAGACGCAUUCGUUCAGAGCUUGGACAAAAAUUUUAUGGUUCCAGUAGGUGGUGCUAUAAUUGCUGGCUUUAAUGAUUCCUUCAUUCAGGAAAUCAGCAAGAUGUAUCCAGGAAGAGCUUCGGCCUCACCUUCUUUAGAUGUCCUUAUUACUUUAUUAUCACUUGGGUCAAAUGGCUAUAAGAAGCUGUUAAAAGAAAGAAAGGAAAUGUUUUCAUAUUUGUCCAAGGAACUAAAGAAGCUAUCGGAAACCUACAAUGAGAGACUGUUGCAUACACCUCACAAUCCCAUAUCUUUAGCUGUGUCACUUAAGACACUAGAUGAGCACUGUGACAAAGCUGUUACUCAGCUUGGCUCAAUGCUUUUCACCAGACAGGUGUCUGGAGCCAGGGUUGUGCCUCUUGGGUCUGUGCAAACGGUGAGUGGCUACACUUUCAGAGGCUUUAUGUCACACACAAAUAAUUACCCUUGCGCUUACCUCAAUGCUGCAUCAGCCAUCGGAAUGAAGACACAGGAUGUGGACUUGUUCAUAAAGAGACUUGACAAGUGUUUAAAAACAGUAAGAAAAGAACAAAGUAAAGAGAGUGAUGUACCUGGAGUUGACAAUUUUAGCAAAACUGAAGAUGUAGAUAUUAGAGAAAUGGCUUUAAAACUUGAUAAUGUACUUUCUGACACAUACCAGGAUGCUUCUUCAUGACAUGCAAAGGGUUUCUUUUUGAUAAUUUGGAAGAAAUAAUUGAUGAGGCUACAGUGCAAGCAAGCAAUUUAAAGAAAAGAUUGAGGCUUUUUGAAUUGAUAAUUUCAUGUAGAAUAUUCAGUCAAGGAAUAGACUGUGGUUUGAGCUAGCCAUUGGUGAUUGUUCUCUCUUUGAUUUUUAGCAGCCUCAAUCUUUAUGAUCUGUAAUGGGUUAAAAUAUACAGUUAGCAUUUUUCUAAUUGUUAGAUUAUUUUUAAAUCAAGCACUGUGAUUCAGGUAAUUCUCACUAAUAUAACGGUAGUAAAAUUACCUCUAAUGCUCUUAGAAAUUAUAGACUGCUUCCUCCUGACCAUUCUCCAUCAUUCACAAUUUAUUUCUAUUUCUGAUCACACAGAAUAUAGAAAGAUCUCUAAUGCUACUAAUUACUAGAUGAUUAUUAAGCAUAUAAGUUGCAGUAUGCCUGUAAAAUGGACAUUCCUUUUGAAAGCAGAGUCAAGGAGUCAAAGUGUAAGCUUUAAUUUUCACCCCAGAGCUAUAGUCCUCUACUGGGGGUAAUUUUACUUAUAUCUCAUCAACAUUUGAACAUUUUUGAUUGUCACAACCUGGGGGAUGCUAUUGCCAUUCAGUGGGUAGAGCCCUGGAGUACAGUUAAACAUCCUACCAUGCACAAGACAGCCUCCUACAAUAAAGAAUUGUCUAGCCCAAAAUGUCAGUGUUGGCAGGAUUGAGAAACAGUGCUCUAAAAUAAAUGAACUCUUCAAGUAAAGUGAAGUUUUCCACAGAAAACUAAUUAUUCAGUAGUACUUCAAAAAAGAUAGCUUCAUAAAUAUUAUCAAACUGUACUGUAUUUAGAAUCUUAAAUGAUACCCACGGUCACCAGUUCUAAAUAUGCAAUUAUAAAUUGUUUUAUAUGGCACUUACACAUUUUCCCAUUUGGUGAAAAUGAUGUAAUAUGAUAACAGGUGUAUUUCCUCCCACUCUUGUGCCCAUUUCCUGUGUCUGCAAUUCCAGGCUUAUUGGUUAUACAGUUUGUUGUGGUUAAUUGUAAGCAAUAGACUGAUAUCUUAAUAACCCAAGAAGUUAGUGAGGCUUCUGAAGACAUGGAAUACCUAAGCUGUGGAGCAUUAUUCCCAAAAGAUGCUCUUGGUGGUAAAAAGGUUCUGUGGACAAAUAAUUUUGGGAAAAGCCUUUGCCAGCAUGCCUCUUGGCAAGAAUUCCUUCAGUAAAGAAGCCACUUUGAAUGUAUCCUUAUCCAAAGAUGGAACUCAUUUUUAAAUUAAAUAUCUGUUAAUAUGCAUUGAACACAUUUUCAAAACACUGCAGUAGAGAAUGCCAUAUCAAUUUCUGGAUUGUGGGUUUUUUGGGUUUUUUUUUUUGUAUUGAUUUGGCCAUGUAAACUGUGUACAGGAAGGAGGUUUUCUUAUAUUUUGGUAACUCUGCCCAUUAUCUUAGAUCAUUUGUAAAAGUAAGCUCAUAAGACCCCACUCCCAUGAAGGUGCAAGUUAGAAAACUUUAGGCAAUCUAGGCAGUCAAGACUGUUGAGAUAAAGUACUUAAUUAUAAAUAUUGUAAAGGUUAUUUUUAAAUUUAUAUCUUUGAGGUUCAAAUAUAUUAAAUUUCAAUUUUUUUAAAUAGCCAUAACAACUCAUUUCAGAGAAGCAAAUCCUGAAUUAAAAAGCUGGGUAGUCAUGUGACUGUGAAAACCUUGUGACUGACACUUCCUUUAUCUGGUAUAUGGGCAGAUGAGUAAUAAAAUAAAG